AUGCUUGGACGGUAUUUCCAUUCUUCUGCACGCUCACUGCAACGACACAGACAGCACCAUUACGAUAUAUUGCAGGUGCAUCGCCAUGCCGAUAAGAAAGCUAUCAAAGCUCAAUAUUACCGAUUGUCCAAAAAGUACCAUCCGGAUCUUAACCCCAAAGAUGAAGAAGCCCAUAAAAUGUUUUUGCAAGUGAAUGAUGCCUACGCGGUACUGGGGAACGAAGCCACCAGAAGACAGUACGAUGCCGAAUUAGAUUACCAACCAACGAUUCCACGCAAAUCCAGCUAUGCAUCGGGACCUUCGGCGGCUUGGCAUGCACGAGCAAGGCGAGCUCGCAAUACAGGUUCCGCCAGUGCUCGUGCGCAAGCCGAACGAAUGCAUCCUCAAGGGAGUUCCACGUUCAAUCAUCAAGAACAUUACGCGCGGCACUACGAAGCUGAGGAACGACGUCGACGUGAACGUCUAGCGAAUGCGGCCAAGCGACGCGAAGCUGCGGGCAAGGAUAAAGACCCGUCUACGAUGGGAAAAGAACAUAUUCACGUAUGGUCGCGUCUGUGGCGCUUGGGCCUCGUCCUCACUGGCAUCGCCUAUGUGACACAUCGAUGGCAUGAAGAACAACCAUCUUCCAAAAAAUCAUAG